AUGAAGGAUAUUUUGAGGUUUGGAAGGAAAGGGAAGCUGAGCCCAAGGUUCAUUGGACCUUUCGAGGCCUUGGAGCGAAUUCAUCUCGUAGCUUACCGAUUGGUAUUGCCUCCAUCACUUUCUUUAGUUCAUAAUGUCUUCCAUGUUUCGAUGCUGAGAAAGUAUGUAACAGGUCCAUCCCAUGUAGUUGACUUUGAGCAAUUGUGGUUGAAUGGCAACUUGAGUUAUGAAGAGAGGCAUGUGCAGAUUCUCGCCAGAGAGGCAAAGAUGUUACGCAAUAGGAAAAUAGCAGUUAUAAAGAUUUCGUGGCAGAAUCACCAGUUCGAGGAGGCCACCUGGGAUGAGAGAAUGAGAUGA